UGAGCUGCUGUCCCCGCCGUGCGCCCGCCGGGCCGUCGGAGCUGCGCCCGCAGCCUCCUGUGGCCUGUCGCCGCUGCGAGCAUCCCGCAUCGGGCCGUCUCCGGCCAGAGGCUCGCGAGCGCGGGAGGGCGAGGACCGGGGCAGGCUCAGUCCAGCCCGGGGCGCGGAUACAGCUUGUGAGGGGCGAAGCGCAGGGGCGCCGGCGUGGCCAUGAUGGUGGCCACGUGCCUGCAGGUAGUGGGCUUCGUCACGAGCUUCGUGGGUUGGAUCGGUAUCAUUGUCACCACGUCCACCAAUGACUGGGUGGUGACCUGCGGCUACACCAUCCCCACCUGCCGCAAGCUGGACGAACUGGGCUCCAAGGGGCUGUGGGCCGACUGCGUCAUGGCCACCGGGCUGUACCACUGCAAGCCCCUGGUGGACAUCCUCAUCCUGCCGGGCUAUGUGCAGGCUUGCCGGGCCCUGAUGAUUGCAGCCUCGGUCCUGGGUCUGCCGGCCAUUCUCCUGCUGGUGACGGUUCUCCCCUGCAUCCGGAUGGGACACGAGCCUGGCGUGGCCAAGUACAGGCGGGCCCAGCUGGCUGGUGUUAUGCUCAUUCUUCUGGCUCUCUGCGCCAUGGUCGCCACCAUCUGGUUCCCUGUGUGUGCCCACCGUGAGACCACCAUCGUGAGCUUUGGCUACUCCCUGUACGCGGGCUGGAUCGGUUCCGUGCUGUGCCUCGUGGGUGGCUGUGUCAUCGUCUGCUGCGCUGGAGAUGCCCAGGCGUUCGGUGAAAACCGUUUCUACUAUUCUUCGGGCUCCAGCUCCCCCACUCAUGCCAAGAGUGCCCAUGUAUGAGAGAGGCUGCCCGAGGAGGUGCUGUCGAUGCUGGGCCCAUGGCCCCGGGUUUGCUCACCCCAGGGACGGGGAAGCCCACUCCUGUGCCAGUCUCCAAAGCCAAAGGUCUAGAAAAGCAUCCUGUCUGGCAUUUUAUAGUCUUAACACCACCCUUUUUGUUGCCUUAAAAGAAAUCUUCAGCUCAGAUAAUGCCCACAUAUUUUUCUCAUGGUUCUGCCCCCCCAUUAGCUCUUUUCUUGGGCAUUCCUUUUUUUUUCACUGA